AUGUCGAUGAUUCCGAGCUUCUUCGGCAACAACAGGCCUGGUAGUGGAAGCAGCAUCUUCGAUCCUUUCUCGCUUGAUGUUUGGGAUCCGUUCAAGGAUAUGAUGCCGUCGUCUUCUUCGAUUUCCCGAGAAAACUCAGCGAUCGUGAACGCACGUGUGGACUGGAGGGAGACGGAGGAGGCGCACGUGUUCAAGGCGGACUUGCCUGGACUGAAGAAGGAGGAAGUGAAGGUUGAGGUCGAGGAAGACAGCGUAUUGAAGAUCAGUGGAGAGAGACACGUGGAGAAGGAGGAUAAGAACGACACGUGGCACCGCGUGGAGAGGUCGAGCGGGCAGUUCACGAGGAGGUUUAGGCUGCCGGAGAACGUGAAGAUGGAUGAGGUGAAAGCUGCGAUGGAGAAUGGCGUUUUGACUGUGACUGUGCCUAAGGCGGAGGCGAAGAAGGCUGAUGUCAAGUCUAUUCAGAUCUCUGGCUGA